UUUCUUGAAAUGCGGUGCCCAGAACUGGACACAAUACUCCAAUACUCCUACUGGAAAUAAUCACAGGUCUUACCAAUGGUUGUAAAACUGCCUGGCAGAAAGGCUUAGGUUUGGGGAGCAAUGGAGAACUGGUAACAGGGAACCUGGAAACAGAUGGGGCUUAGAGUUGAGGAGGCUGCAGAGGUGGAGAACUUUAAACCAUAAGCUAGGGAUGAUGGUUCAUAGGCAGAAAUGACCAGGAGCUCCUUAAAACGGACUCUAACCAAGGAGGGAGACAAAUAUUGGGGGAAAUGUACCAAGCCUGCCCCAAGAGUUACAUCAAAACCAAGAGGAAUCUCCUUCCAAAGCCCUCUCAUGUCUCUGCUCGUGGGCCACUGCCCAUUCUGUGCCCACAUGACUAGUGAGGCAGGAAACUGAGUCACAAGGACCCAUUCAGACUCGGUGCCAGCCUGUGAAGCUCUGCGGACGUCAAUCCUGCUUUCACCCACUUACGAGCUGGGCCCCACUAAGAGUGUCAGGACAUAUGGGGGUAACUGCUCAGCAUGAAAGAGGACGUGUGGUCCCGGUUCACCAUGGCCCGUGGACUCUGUCAAGCAUGAUGCCCUUUGGCUUGUGCUAAGUUGUGUGUGACCUCCUGAGGGCUAAUCCCAGUGUGGACCAAACACAGCGACUUCUCUGAUGCGGGGGUGAUGAAAACUGGUGGAUGUGAUUGCAAAGAAAGAAAUCAGCCCAGAAGGCGUGGUCGCUGGAGCGCUCUUCCCUCUGCAGGGCGUGGAAUAUCGUUGCCAUUUGCAAACGCAGGGAAAGGGGCCGGAUUUGGCUGGGGACGGGGCUGGUAGCGCUCUGUUAAUGUUUGACGAUGAUUGUCGAGUAUGUUGCAAUGUAUUUUCCUGGCAGGUUUUCAGGGACAGCCGGUGCUCCCUUUAGGAGGCAGGCAUGUCAGUGUCACGAAGCAAUGGGCUCUGUUAUUGUUCCAUGAUACCAUUGUCCAGAAGAGAUUGCUUCUGCCAGCUAGAGAGGGAAGAAUCUGACUUUCCAACACAUUCUUCUGCCUUCCUACUCUUUUUGUCUUUCUUUUUCCCUGGAUGACUUGGUGGUUUUUGCAGCCUUUGGAGAGACUCCAGGGAAGGUGAAUUUUCAGUGUUUACAUUCCAUUCCUUCAAGCCCCGGCAUGUGGGAUGAGCUGCCGUUCUCCAAGCAGAUGUUGUUUUCCACUCUAGCUAGUAAAGGCUGCAGAACAAUACAGUAUGUGUUGCCUUGCAUCCUGCUUGUUGUCUUUGAAAACAGUGUAACUCUGGGCCUCCAAGGACUUCACACAGCUGUCACUAUGCCCAUGGUGAUACAAAAUCGUGGGACCAGCAGGGAUGGACCGCAGGUCCUUGUGCUCAGAGGCAUGAGGUUCGUGAGCUAUUGGGGAAUCUCGCUGACUGUUAACAGUAUGGAGUCUAAGACAUGCAAUGGGCUAGUUAGACAGCUGUUAUGUACACUCUCCUGUUCUAUUUAGCAGUGUCUCGUUUUAUUUUUAAACUGCUCUUUAAACUAUAGUCAGGGGCUGAAACGCUGGUGUUUUAAAGAGUAGUUCAAGCCAAAAAUGGCUCCUGCAUAAGAGAGACCGAAGACCCGGGUGGAGAUCAGAACGGGAAUGGUGCAGUUAAGAAAUAAUCACUUCAGGACCAUGUCAGUCUGAAGGUCAGAUCUCAGCCACGGGGGCUAAAACCCAGAGAUGAGCUCAAGGCACAGAGUUUAGAUCUGGGCUGUUCCAAAUUUGGGUGGCAUUUGGAGAGAAGUGCCCAAGCCUCUGGAUCCAGUGCCGGGGUUAUUUUUCCAGCCCGGUGUCCAGACGAUUAGGAGUGAAGUCAAUGGCAAGCUAAAGGACGAUGCUUUUACCAGCAGGAUCAGAGCGUUCGUGCAGCAGUGUGGGAGUGGUAUUUUAGCGAAGCCCGGGGGGAAAACCCUCUUGGUCAGCACCUGCACCCUUGUGUUGGGUACACAGCCCUGAGAACUCCUACUUGUCCGUGGUGGGCACCACCAUUCCACUCUUUACCCAGAGCCUGAAAGAGCCAUGCUCAAAAAGCCCAUCCCAGAGGGAGCAUGCUGUGAGAUAAAAGCCUUCUAACCUUAUUAUCUCUAAUGUUCUGCCUUCGCUGGGGCUGGGGAGGAGGGACAGAAACCUCACAGCCACGGAGUUCUUGACUCUUCUCUUCCCUCCAGCUUUCUGACCAACUCCGUGUGACCGUGACCUGUUCUGUGCCUCAGUUUCUCCUUGGCGACGUUGUGUAGACACAAGAAUGGACGUGGGGACAGGUCGUUGAAGACGGGGUGUGUGCGGUAGGGGAGUGUUAGAGCUGGGCUAAAUGUUUACUCAUGCGAUAUUUGUAGAUGUUUGCCCUCUGAAGAGACCUCUGCGUUCAGAUGUUGGAAAUAAUCUGGAUAAGAAGAGAGGUGAAGAUUUUGGUCCUAAAGCAAAGCUGUUCAACACCUCAUGAGGCUCCUAAAUAGAAACGACCAAUGUUUGGAUUCCAGUCGUACCCACGGGCCCUGCGGCGCUAGGUGCUGUACAAACAAGAGACAGUCUCUGCUCCAGAGGGCUUCAUGUCCAAAUAGGCAAAGCCGCCUAGGAGAGAGGAAGUGCACUGGGCUGCCGAGGUGCGGAGUCCCCGCAGCCCCGAUUGCCGUCAGUGGAAUUCGGAGGUGCUCAGGCACUUCUGCUCACCAGGCCACAAGGAGCGAGGUGCCUGCGCGUGAAUUUAGGAAGCUCAUUUCUGACACUCCAGGUUUGAAAGUUUCAGUCCAAACCCCACUGUGGAGAAGAGAGCCAGAACUGACCCUGGAUCUCAGCAUGAGUCUCCGGUCUGCCCCCCGCCCUCCUGCCUGCCUUCCCAGGGCCAGAUCUCCGACCCGGUCAUCUCAGUUCGUUCCCCAGACAGCAAAUCCCUCUCCAUGUGGGUGGGUAUAAAUCCACCUCAUUAGGAUGCCAGAGCAGCGCUCCCUCCUUGCAGCCGUCUGCCCCUGAAAUGCGCUUGCCUCGCCUCACGCUUGAGCCCGACCCGUCCCCGGGUUAGACGGGAAUUAGUUCACUGGCAGACAGAGGGGAAGCGAAGGCUUUAAUCAGCGUGGCCAGGAGCGUCCCGGAAGCCUGCCUUGUUGGAGGGUUAUCCUAGGUGUUGACGAGCCAAAUGAGAUGCCCCUAGUGAUGGUGGCAGCACCGACCUCCCCUUGAUCACAUUCUGAGAGACCCUCUGGCCAAGGGAACACUGGACCAUGAAGUCCCCCAGUGCUGUGAUCUGCAGGGAGAAGCCUCCUCUGUCCGUUUACCCUUACGGGUCUGAAAGGGAUGGCUGGGAAGAUGCCAGGGAUGGGGACAUGAACUCAGCCCAGAUCAGCUGCACCAUAAGCCACCUGGAGCAAGCUGGUUGGUACUGGGGUGCCCUCUCGGCAGCAGAGGCCAGGCGCGUGCUCUGCCCAGCUUUGGAAGGCUCCUUCUUGAUGCGUGACAGUUCCAGCCCGGACAACCUGCUCACCCUGUCCGUCCAAACCUCUGCUGGGCCCACCCACAUCCGGAUCUGCUACUGCGCCGGCCGCUUCGGCCUCGACGCGUCCCUCCUGGCCAAGCCCAAGCUCCAGAGCUUCCGGGAUGCUAUGGACUUGGUCCAGUUCUAUUCCCAGGCCUCGCGGAAGCGAGCUGAGCGGCUGGAGCCGGCGGGACAGGAUGUCGCGUCCGAGGAUCCGGCCAUCCACCUGAAACUGAUCAAGCCCCUGUACGUGUCCGUGCCGGCCCUGCAGCACCUGUGCCGGCUCGCUAUCAACCGGCGCGCCCCGCAGGUGGCAGCCCUGCCUUUGCCUCUGAGGCUCAAGGACUAUCUGCUGAGGUACCCCUACGUGCUCUGAGACAUGCCCCCCCCCUUGCUCGCCUCACCUCCCCGUGCAACACGUGGGGCUCUCCCAGCAGCUCCCCCUGCUCGGGCACCAGCGCUGGUGGAGUCCGAAGGCCCCUGGUGCCGUUCAGCUGGGGUGCUGCAGCACACGGCAGCGGGGCGGAUGCAAGUGCGAGAGGCGGAGCGAAAGGCAGGGAUCCCUGGGGCUCGGGGGGCAGACGGUGUUUUCCCACUCUCUGGGCCUGCAGUCCCCAACCACGGCUGCUAAUAAAAAUGAACCGUCCUAUUGUUGGUUCUUCUCCCAUUGCUAGUCUGGCGCCGGCUUCUGCUUGGCCAGGGCUUCCCUCCUGGCUGUCAGGGGGAGAGGCGGGCUGUUUUGGUAGGGUUGGAUGGUUGAAUAUGGCCUGGUGCACGGCGAGGGCUGAGAU